GCUUCUCCUUUUUCUCCUUUUUUAGAGCUCACCAAUUCUCUCUUUUCUCCACCCAGUUUUGAUUCAAAUUUGAAAACACCAACCUCUUGAAGCCAUUUUGAGCUUUUGGGUUUUCAAAGUCACUUGUCGAAGGAGAAAGGUAAGUAAGCGGAAGAGAGGGAACAUUGAGCACAACAAAUUUUGUUUCAUAUGAUCUUCAAUUUUUUUUUUUGUUAAAAGGAUGACAUUUUGUUUAAUUUAUUCAUGGUUUUUUUGCUAUUUUCUCAUCUUGGUUGUACCAUUUUGUGGUUUUGGACUUAGAACUCAUACUGAGUUUUCUUUGAGCAUCUCCUUAUACUAGAUUAUUUUGGUAUGUUCAUGUGAUAUUAUACUACAUGUAUGUAGUUCUCAGGUUGUUGUAGAAAUAGUUCACUUUGGUGGUUGUUUUAUUCUGAAAAAAGAGGAAGUUUUGGUGUUGCAGAUGAAUCGACUCCCGGCGUUAGGCGAGUCGGUCUCAUUCGGGCGGUUCUUGUCAGAGUCAUUGGAUUGGGGGAAGUGGUCAUCCUUCAAUCACAACAAGUACUUGGAGGAAGCUGAGAGGUACUCCCGGCUGGGCGCGGUCGCGCAGAAAAAGGCAUAUUUUGAAGCACAUUACAAGAGAAUUGCUUCUCUCAAAAAAGCUGAAUCAAAAGAGCAAGAGAGUAACCACAGCUUCAAUACUAAUUCAACUGACAUGAGCUCUUCUGAUGUGAAAGCCGAGUCCGAAGAACCAAAUUGCAAGGAGGCCACCGCCGAAGUACAAAACUACAAGGCGCUUGAGAUUGAAACGAAUAAUUGUGAUUUGAGUGACGAAACUAGUCCGAUUACACCGGAUGACGAUCCUAUCGAUUCGUCUUUGUUGAUCUCUUCGUCCGGAGUUAUUGAGACUAGUCAAGAUAAGAAUAAGAUUUCCCAGGUUGAAGUAGAAAGCACUUGCAUAUUGGAGAAGGAACCGCUAAAGGAAAGUUUUGUGACUAAUCAGGAAAAUGAGGAGAAAAGAAGAGUUCCUAAGUCAAUAUCGGCAGUGCACGGAUCGUCGAAACUCUCCUUUUCUCCUGGAACAAAGAGUUCGCCAGCGAGGAAGAUGCCAUCCUUGUAUUGUGUUAAAGAGAAUAGCUGUUGUAGUCCUCGGAGCAGGAAUAGAGAGAUGAGCUUCAAUGAGAAAAAGAGAUCAAGUCCAAAGACAAUGCACAUGUCUAUGAAUCUUAGGCAAGACCAAGUUGGAGUUGCCAAUCCCUCAAGAAUUAAGAAUUCAUCUCAGGAGCAAUUGGAUCAAUUCAAAACACCAACAAGAGCAAGAUCUUCAAAAGGAAUAGGAACACCCCAAUCAGGAAAAGAACGGAUUAGAACACUGUCAGAGUUGACACCAUCAGAAAGGACUCAAUCUGCAAAAAAACACAACUUCUCGGUCGACUACUCAAAAUCAGUGGGCACCAAAGGAAGAAGAUCAUGUAGCACGGUCUCCUCAUCUCCUCUUCGGCUUAAAAUUGAUGAAAGGGAAGAAAAAGGCAAGAAGGAAAAAGAUGCGAGCGAAUUGAGAGAGUUUCGCAAGAGUCUUUGCUUUAAAGCCAGGCCAUUGCCAGAUUUCUACCGCAAAAUUGAAUGGACAAAACAUGCGAAUAAGAAGGUUACAUCGGUGCAUUCUCCGUCUCCUGUUGCUGGAAAGAGUAGCUACUCCAAAGCAAGUUUGGACCACAGUCCUCUACCACCACUGAAGCCUUUCUGCAAGAGUAUAAGAUCCACUGCACAUACUACAAAGAAGAAUCAUGUCACACCUAGUUAGUCAAUUACUUCAAUUUUCAGAAUGGAGAAAAUUAAGGACCACAAGCAAAUAUAGUACAGUUCCCCAGUGAUCAGUUAAAACUAGUGUGGAUAAUCUCACUGAAAGGUGUCAUAGGAUUUAUUACUGUGUGAUUCAAGGGGUCAGUAUGGUUCGACAGUCUGACGAGAUUCGCGGUGGACCUGCCGCGACAAUUUCCACCAAUUAUGAAAGAACUGAUCCUUUUACAAACCUCUAGCUGUUCGCAAGUUCCGCGUUAUUUGAGGGUGAGGGAAUUUAGCACUUCUUCAUUAUGAUCUUGAUUGUGUAAUCUCAAAAGUUUCUAAGAAGAUCUAUUUCCUAGUGCUCUGAUCCAAACUCAGGUUGCAGUGAU